AUGCAAGGUUGGUACGUAUGCUCAUGUAUUCUAGAUAUUGGUCCUUCUGCUAAUGUUAUUCUAGAUUUUGUUCCUUCUGCUAAUGUUAUUCUAGAUAUUAGUCCUUCUGCUAAUUUUAUUCUAGAUUUUGUUCCUUCUGCUAUUGUUAUUCUAGAUGGUGUUCCUUCUGCUAAUGUUAUUCUAGAUGUUGGUCCUUCUGUUAAUGUUAUUCAAGAUGUUGGUUCUUAUGUUAAUGUUAUUCUAGAUGUUGGUCCUUAUGUUAAUGUUAUUCUAGAUUUUGUUCCUUCUGCUUAUGUUACUCUAGAUAUUGGUCCUUCUGCUAAUGUUAUUCUAGAUAUUGGUCCUUCUGCUAAUGUUAUUCUAGAUAUUGGUCCUUCUGCUCAUGUUAGUCUAGAUAUUGGUCCUUCUGCUAAUGUUAUUCUAGAUAUUGGUCAUUCUGCUCAUGUUAUUCUAGAUAUUGGUCCUUCUCCUCAUAUAUUGGUCCUUCUCCUCAUGUAUUCUAGAUAUUGGUCCUUCUGCUCAUGUAUUCUAGAUAUUGGUCCUUCUCCUCAUGUUAUUCUAGAUAUUGGUCCUUUUGCUAAUGUUAUUCUAGAUAUUGGUCCUUCUGCUAAUGUUAUUCUAGAUAUUGGUCCUUCUGCUCAUGUUAUUCUAGAUAUUGGUCCUUCUGCUCAUGUUAUUCUAGAUAUUGGUCCUUCUCCUCAUAUAUUUCUAGAUAUUGGUCCUUCUGCUAACGUUAUUCUAGAUAUUGGUCCUUCUGCUAACGUUUUUCUAGAUAUUGGUCCUUCUGCUAACGAUAUUCUAGAUAUUAGUCCUUCUGCUAAUAUUAUUCUAGCUGUUGUUCCUUCUCCUCAUGUUUCUCUAGAUUUUGGUUCUUCUGCUAAUAGGAUGAACGAUGAAGAACUCCUGACCUGGAUUCACCUGGUCAUUGACAAGCUCAACAAUUGGCCCCCAAUCCUGGGUGCUCCCUUGGGAAUCACCCUCACACCCAACCAUGUACUCCUUGGACUCUGA